AUGGUGUUUGGGCAGAAGAGAACACUGAAGCUCGGACUGGGAUGGCUGUGGAGCCUCAGAGGGGUAAUUAAGCUAAUGAAAAGGGCCCAGAGGAGAGGCCUGCUGUCCUGUGCCUCCGAGGGAUCAGGACUGAUGGAGUCCCUGACCCUGAUGGAGAAUGCACCAGGCUCAUCCAGAGCCCAGUUACCUAUGCAGGAGAACAAGCUGUCGGGGGAGUGUGGAGGAGGGGGUGCAGAAAAGGGAUGCUUGGGAGCUGAGGGCAGGCUGGCUCACAAGCUGUUCCGUGACCUUUUUGCCAACUAUACAAGUGCCCUGAGACCUGUGGCGGAUACAGACCAGACUCUGAACGUGACCCUGGAGGUGACAUUGUCCCAGAUCAUUGACAUGGUACAUUGUGGUUGUACAACUGUGGAAUGUGCUGGUGGGAAGCUCUCGGUGGUCCUGUCAGCGGAAGCCGCCUCGGAGCUCCUGCGAGAACCCGCCACAGCCUCCCUGGCCAAGGAAUGUAAAAUGAUGCGGCCACUGUGGAAGACAGGGUGGCAGUUCCUCAAGAGAUUAAACAUGGAAUUACCGUAUGACCUAGCACUGGGGGUAUAUACCCCCAAAACUGAAAGCAGGGACUUGAACAGGUAUUCCUACGCUCAUUUUCAUAGCAGCAUUAUUCACAACAGCCAAAAGCUGCGGUUAAGCCGUGGGAAGCUCUCGGUGGUCCUGUCAGCGGAAGCCGCCUCGGAGCUCCUGCGAGAACCCGCCACAGCCUCCCUGGCCAAGGACACAGUCGAUUUCCUGUCUCUUGAUUGGUCUUACGAUUGCCAAGGAGGCCCGAAUCUGCUGCAGGAGCUGAGGGAGCUGCAGACUAUUGAGCCAAAAGUGAAAGUUUUCAUCUUCAAUCUAAAACUCCAGGACUGCCCCUCCACCAGCAAGAACUGGGUUGAGCUGCUCUUCAGUCUCUUCGAAGCCCUCGAUAAAGACCAAGGGCUCAUCAUUGGGUCUGACAUUAAUACAUUCCUGAACUGUUCAUCAGAUCUCGAGCAAAGGUCUUGUCCCCAGGCUGACAGCCUGACCCUGCAGGGUGCCCGGCAGUGGGGCUUGGAGACGGCCGUGGGCUCCUCGCCGCCCAGCUCUGCCUAUCAGAGCGUCUGGGAAGCGUUCGCUCACCAGCCCAGGGCGGAAAGGGAUGCUUUCCUGUGGGAUGUUUUCCCUGAAGGCUUCCUCUGGGGCGUCUCCACGGGAGCCUUCAACGUGGAAGGAGGCUGGGCUGAGGACGGAAGAGGGGCAAGCGUGUGGGACCGACUCGGACCCCAGAAGGCCGCCACGGGCCAGGCGACUCCGGGCGUGGCCAGCGACAGUUACCACAAGGUGGACUCCGACGUCUCCCUGCUUCGCGGCCUCCGGGCUCAGGUCUACAAGUUCUCCAUCUCCUGGUCCCGCAUCUUCCCCACGGGGCACGGGCGCAGCCCCAACCUCCGGGGUGUCGCCUACUACAACAAGCUGAUCGACAGCCUGCUGGACUCGCACAUCCAGCCCAUGGCCACGCUGUUCCACUGGGACCUGCCGCAGGCCCUGCAGGACCGAGGCGGGUGGCAGAACGAGAGUGUGGUGGACGCUUUCCUGGACUACGCAGCCUUCUGCUUCUCCACCUUUGGGGACCGUGUGAAGCUGUGGGUGACCUUCCACGAGCCGUGGGUGAUGAGCUAUGCAGGCUACGGCACCGGCCAACACCCGCCCGGCAUCUCCGACCCAGGAGUGGCCUCCUUUAAGGUGGCUCACUUGGUCCUCAAGGCUCAUGCCAGAGCUUGGCACCUCUACAACAGCCACUAUCGCCCGCAGCAGCAGGGCCGUGUGGGCAUCGUGCUGAACUCAGACUGGGCAGAACCCCUCUCCCCAGAGAGGCCCGAGGACCUGAGAGCCUCUGAGCGCUUCUUGCACUUCAUGCUGGGCUGGUUUGCACACCCUAUCUUUGUGGAUGGAGACUACCCAGCUGCCCUGAGGGCCCAGAUUCAACAGAUAAACAAGCAGUGCCCCAGUCCCGUGGCCCAGCUCCCUGAAUUCACUGAAGCAGAGAAGCAGCUCCUGAAAGGCUCAGCUGAUUUCUUGGGUCUGUCCCAUUACACUUCCCGCCUCAUCAGCAAGGCCCAACAAGACACCUGCAUCCCCAGCUAUGAUACCAUUGGAGGCUUCUCACAGCAUGUGGACCCUGCCUGGCCCCAGACCUCAUCCCCUUGGAUUCGUGUGGUGCCCUGGGGUAUAAGGAGGCUGUUGCGGUUUAUAUCCUUGGAAUACACAAGAGGAAAAGUUCCAAUCUACCUGGCUGGGAAUGGCAUGCCCAUCGGGGAAAGUGAAAAUCUCCUUGAUGAUUCCUUUAGAGUAGACUACUUCAAUCAAUAUAUCAAUGAGGUGCUCAAGGCUGUCAAGGAGGACUCAGUGGAUGUUCGAUCUUACAUUGCCCGUUCCCUCAUCGAUGGCUUCGAAGGGCCCUCUGGUUACAGCCAGAGGUUUGGGCUACACCACGUCAACUUCAACGACAGCAGCAGGCCAAGGACUCCCAGGAAAUCUGCCUAUUUUUUCACCAGCAUCAUUGAAAAGAAUGGUUUCCUCACCAAAGAAGUGAAAAGACUGCCACCACCCAGUACAGCAACGUUCCCCCCUAAAGUCAGAGCCUUCACUUUUCCAUCUGAGGUGCCCUCCAAGGCUAAAGUCGUUUGGGAAAAGUUCUCCAACCAACCCAAGUUUGAACGAGAUUUGUUUUACCAUGGCACGUUCAGGGAUGACUUUCUGUGGGGCGUGUCCUCAUCAGCCUAUCAGAUCGAAGGAGCUUGGAAUGCUGACGGCAAAGGCCCCAGCAUCUGGGAUAACUUUACCCACACACCAGGCAGCAACGUGAAAGGCAAUGCCACUGGAGACAUAGCCUGUGACAGCUACAACCAACUGGAUGCCGAUCUGAACAUGCUUCGAGCUUUGAAGGUGAAGGCCUAUCGCUUCUCUAUCUCCUGGUCUCGGAUUUUCCCAACUGGGAGGAACAGUUCUAUCAAUAGCCGUGGUGUUGAUUAUUACAACAGGCUGAUUGAUGGCUUGGUGGAAAGCAACAUCUUUCCGAUGGUGACACUGUUCCACUGGGACCUGCCCCAGGCCCUGCAAGAUAUCGGAGGCUGGGAGGAUGCUUCCUUGAUUGAGUUGUUUAACAGCUAUGCAGACUUUUGUUUCCAGACCUUUGGUGACAGGGUCAAGUUCUGGAUGACCUUUAAUGAGCCCACCUACCAGGCGUGGUUGGGUUAUGGCUCAGGGGAGUUUCCCCCAAAUGUGAAGGACCCAGGCUGGGCACCUUACAGGAUUGGCCAUGCACUCAUCAAAGCUCAUGCCAGAGUCUACCACACUUACGAUGAGAAAUACCGGCAAAAGCAGAAGGGGGUCAUCUCCUUGAGCCUCAGUGCACACUGGGCAGAGCCCAAGUCGCCCGAGGUCCCAAGGGAUGUGGAGGCAGCUGACCGAAUGCUGCAGUUCUCACUGGGCUGGUUCGCCCACCCCAUUUUCCGAAAUGGGGACUAUCCCGAGGCCAUGAAGUGGAAAGUGGGGAACAGGAGUGAACUACAGCACUUGGCCACGUCCCGCCUGCCCAGUUUCACAGAGGAAGAGAAGAGGUACAUCAGGGCUACGGCCGAUGUGUUCUGCCUCAACACCUACUCCUCCAGAAUUGUGCGGUACACAACACCGAGGUUAAACCCACCCUCCUACCAAUAUGACCAGGAGACGAUUGAGGAGGAGGACCCUUCAUGGCCGUCCACAGCACUGAACAGAGCUGCACCCUGGGGGAUGCGGAGACUGCUCAACUGGAUCAAAGAAGAGUAUGGUGACAUCCCCAUUUACGUCACCGAAAAUGGGGUGGGGCUGACAAAUCCGAAGGUGGAAGAUACCGAUCGGAUAUUCUACCACAAAACCUACAUCAAUGAAGCUUUGAAAGACUGCCUGAGUCUGCAGAUCGAAGGUGCGUGGCGAGCAGACGGCAAAGGACUCAGUAUCUGGGACACGUUUUCCCACACACCGCUGAAGGUUAGCAACGACGACACGGGAGACGUGGCCUGUGACAGUUACCACAAGAUCGCUGAGGAUGUGGCCGCCCUGCGGAACCUGGGGGUGUCCCACUACCGCUUCUCCAUCUCUUGGUCUCGUGUCCUCCCGGAUGGAACCACCAAGUACAUCAAUGAAGCGGGCCUGAGCUACUACGUGCAGCUCAUUGACGCGCUGCUGGCUGCCAACAUCAAGCCCCAGGUGACCCUUUACCACUGGGACCUGCCCCAGGCCCUCCAGGAUGUUGGCGGCUGGGAGAAUGAGACCAUCGUGCAGCGCUUCAGAGACUAUGCGGACGUGCUCUUCCAGAGGCUGGGCGACAAGGUGAAGUUUUGGAUCACGCUGAACGAGCCCUUCGUCAUUGCUCUGCAGGGCUAUGGCUACGGGACAGCAGCUCCAGGCAUCUCCUUCAGGCCCGGCACUGCCCCCUACAUUGCCGGCCACAACCUAAUCAAGGCCCAUGCUGAGGCCUGGCACCUGUACAACGACGUGUACCGCGCCAGGCAAGGCGGCCUCAUCUCCAUCACCAUCAGCAGCGACUGGGCUGAGCCCAGAGACCCCUCCAACCAGGAGGACGUGGAGGCCGCCAGGAGAUACGUCCAGUUCAUGGGAGGCUGGUUUGCACAUCCGAUUUUCAAGAAUGGAGAUUACAAUGAAGUGAUGAAGACUCGGAUCCGUGACAGGAGCCUGGCCGCAGGCCUCAACAAGUCUCGGCUCCCGGAGUUCACGGAGAGUGAGAAGAGGAGGAUCAAUGGCACCUACGACUAUUUUGGGUUCAAUCACUACACCACUGUCCUGGCCUACAAUCUUGACUAUGCCUCUUGGAUCUCUUCCUUUGAUGCAGACAGGGGAGUUGCCUCCAUCACAGAUCGCUCUUGGUCAGACUCGGGCUCCUUCUGGCUGAAGAUGACACCCUUUGGCUUCAGGAGGAUCCUAAACUGGUUAAAGGAAGAGUACAACAACCCUCCGAUCUACGUCACAGAGAACGGAGUGUCCCAACGGGGAGAAACAAGCCUCAAUGACACUGCAAGGAUCUACUACCUCCGCAGUUACAUCAACGAGGCACUCAAAGCUGUGCAGGAUAAGGUGGACCUUCGAGGAUACACUGUUUGGAGUGUGAUGGACAACUUUGAGUGGGCCACGGGCUUCGCAGAGAGGUUUGGUCUGCAUUUUGUGAACUACACUGACCCUUCUCUGCCAAGGAUUCCCAAAGCGUCAGCCAAGUUCUAUGCUUCCAUAACCCGGUGCAAUGGCUUCCCUGACCCAGCCGCAGGCCCACACCCUUGUCUCCAGCCAGAAGAUGCUGGACCCACCAUCAGUCCCAAGAGAGAAGAGGAGGUCCAGUUCCUGGGCCUAGCCCUGGGUGCAACAGAAGCCCAGACUGCGUUAUACACGCUCUUUUCUCUCAUGCUUCUUGGAGCCUGUGCUGUGGCAUUUCUGUCCUACAAGUACUGCAAGCGCUCCAAGCAGCAGAACACACAACCAGGCCAACAGGAGCUGAGCCCUGUUUCUUCGUUCUGACCACACGUGCCACCUCCUCCAGUUCUGCGAAACAAGCCUAGUUUCUUUGUAUACCUUUACCACCCACAACACUCCUGAGGAUCUUCCAUUCCGCCCAUACCAGAGUUCUUCACAAAGGCCUCCUGCGCUGUCAGAGACACACCUGCAAGGACUGCAGUCCCUGAUUAAAAUGGGAAUGUCUGCAUCUUGCCCCAGUAUCAGAAAUUCAUUUGGGCAUUAGAAGACCCUGCAGCUGGCUCUUAUGCAAAUGUGCAGAUACUGAACUCAUCCAAUGGUUCUGUGAGCCACUUAACUGGGCAGUUCCAAGUUGAAGAAAUUUUAAAGAUAGGAACAGGAGUGAAAACCAAUCCUUUUUCUAAGAAAUCAACUCCAUUGCAUAGAUGGACUGUGUCAUCUCCUGCCCUCUCUCAAAGCUCCCUUCCAGCCUCAUAUCUUGUGUUUCUCAGAAAAUUAAAAAUGGUACCAU